CUCAUCGGUCGGGAGCAGAGAGAAAGCGCAGUACAGAGGGGGGUCUUGCAAAUGAUCUGGAAUGAGGGACAAAACAUGGGAUUAUGACAGCCAGUGGUUGUGUUUGUGAAAUCCCCUUGAAUCGUUCUCUGUUUUCCUCUGAGUUGAAAGCAAAAUGGUGUAUGGUCGUAGAGGAAGUUUUUUUUUCACCCGUUAGGUAGUGAAGAGUAUGUAGUGAGAGUUUGGGACGAAGAUUUUAAAAACUAAACCAAGAUAGACCACAGCUCGUCGUUUCAAAUGGGAACAAAUGAGUCAUAGUGGGCGGAACAAGCAAAGACGACUUAGCGAGAUCCUAUUGGCGCGGUCUAGUAUUAUUUUUGCAUAUUUCCAUUAGGGAACGCCUACUCUGAAUUACGCGUGUGCAAUAACGAAUUUGCCCUUUCACGCCUUCUAAACAACGCCAUUUUUUGAAAACUUUGACAAUUGGGUAAAAUCUACAAAACUAAAUCCACUCUGUUCGUAACAGAUUCUAGUUUUUUGCAAACAGAAAACGGUAUUCAGAUAAAAAAAAAAAUUAAUCGAUGAGAAAAUUAGCAGGAUUUCGGUGAAAAUCCAUCUCGUUCCAUCUUCUCCCACUGCCAGUCUCUGGUCUUCUGUCUCACUACCAUAUUUGGUAGUGAGCGGAAACGCCAACCGGAUGCUUCCCAUUUAUAGGCGUGGUGAAAUCUCUGUGUCGUUAUUGUAUCUGUGGUCAGAAGUAGUCUGUUACUGAAGAAGGAAAACAAUAUGGCGGCGGUGGAGUUAGAAUGGAUCCCUGAAACACUGUACAACACUGCUAUAUCUGCAGUGGUGGACAACUACAGUCGAUCUAGAAGGGACAUUCGCUCCCUUCCUGAAAAUAUACGGUUUGAUGUGUACUAUAAGCUAUACCAACAGGGCCAGUUAUGCCAGCUGGGAGGGGAGUUCUGUGAGCUGGAGGUUUUUGCCAAAGUUCUGCGAGCUUCUGACAAAAGACACCUGCUGCACCACUGUUUCCAGGCCCUGAUGGACCAUGGGGUGAAGGUGGCCUCCGUACUGGCAAACUCCUUCAGCCGCCGCUGCUCCUACAUUGCAGAGUCAGACGCACACGUCAAAGAGAAGGCCAUUCAGUUCGGCUUCAUUUUAGGUGGCUUCCUGUCUGACGCAGGCUGGUACUGUGAUGCAGAGAAGGUGUUCCUGUCGUGCCUGCAGCUGAGCACGCUCCACGACGAGGUCCGGCACUGGUACCGAGCUGUGGAGUGCUGCGUCAGGCUGCUCCAUGUCCGUAAUGGGAACUGUAAAUACCACCAGGGAGAAGAGACAUUCAAGCUGGCCCAGUCCUACAUGGACAAACUAGCCAAACACGGCCACCAGGCCAACAAAGCAGCGCUGUAUGGAGAGCUGUGUGCCUUGCUCUUUGCCAAGAGUCACUAUGAUGAGGCCUACAUGUGGUGCAUAGAAGCCAUGAAGGAGAUCACAGAGGGCCUGCCUGUCAAAGUGGUGGUGGACGUCCUCAGGCAAGCCUCCAAGGCCUGUGUUGUGAAGAGAGAGUUCAGGAAAGCUGAACAGCUGAUUAAACACGCUGUCUUUCUGGCACGGGAGCAUUUUGGACAAAAGCAUCCCAAAUACUCAGACACUCUGCUGGACUACGGCUUCUACCUACUGAACGUAGAUAACAUCUGCCAGUCAGUGGCCAUCUACCAGACAGCGCUGGACAUCAGACAGUCUGUCUUCGGGGGGAAGAACAUCCACGUAGCGACGGCCCACGAAGACCUGGCUUACUCCUCCUACGUUCACCAGUACAGCUCUGGGAAAUUUGCCAACGCUCUAUUCCAUGCAGAACGUGCCGUAGACAUCAUAACUCACAUUCUCCCUGAAGACCAUCUACUCCUGGCCUCCUCCAAGAGGGUCAAAGCUCUGAUCCUGGAGGAGAUUGCCAUCGACUGCCACAACAAGGAGACAGAGGAUCGCCUGCUGCAGGAGGCCUACGACCUGCACCUGUCCUCUCUACAGCUGGCCAAGAAAGCCUUCGGCGAGUUCAACGUCCAGACAGCCAAACACUAUGGAAACCUGGGACGGCUCUACCAGUCCAUGAGGAAGUUCAAGGAGGCUGAAGAGAUGCACAUUAAAGCCAUCCAGAUCAAGGAACAGCUUCUGGGGCAGGAGGACUAUGAGGUGGCUCUGUCUGUGGGUCAUCUGGCCUCGCUCUAUAACUAUGACAUGAACCAGUAUGAAGAUGCUGAGAGACUCUACCGACGAUCCAUCUCCAUCGGUAAGAAACUAUUCGGUGAGGGCUACAGCGGUCUGGAGUACGACUACCGGGGGCUGAUCAAACUCUACAACUCAGUAGGGAACUAUGAGAAGGUGUUUGAGUAUCACAACGUGCUGUCUAACUGGAACCGACUCCGGGAUAGGCAGUUUGCUGUGGCGGAUGCCCUAGAGGAUGUUAAUACUAGUCCCCAGCAGACACAGGAAGUGGUACAGACCUUCCUACUGGCCCAGAGCUAUGGGCCCACACGAGCCUGCCUGGGCUGAGACACACACACACACACACAGCAAGAAGCAUCCAGGAUGGGACUGGUUCACCAACCCCCUCACACCAAUCCAAUACAAGGAGCUAACUAUUUAUUUGACUUCUUUAAGAAGAUAACAGAGAUAUUCAAAAAAGACUUACGUUUCAUCAUGGAAAUUUCAGAAACCGCCACCUUUUUUUUAGUUAAUUUUCUUACUUUUGCCUUUUUUUAAUUUGGGUUUUGAUAAGUUAUUUUGUAUCUGAACCAGUGUAGCUCUGACCACCAGGAGAAUACACCGUCUCACUGUCACUCUCUCUGUCGGUGACAUGGAAUACCCUACUAUGUUAUUUUGUCACCACAGCCCCCUCGUCGGAGUCAACGGCCACGACGAGGGGGCUGCACAAUAUAGGGAAUAGUGUGUCGUUUAGGACGCAGACUGAGAAAUGUUUCUACCCACGUCCCUCCCAGGUGUCACCACAAAGGAAGGACAAUUUGAACGAAAUGUGCAAUGAUAGAUAUAUAUAUAUACCAUGACUGAUAGGGGGCGCUGUGUUGAAGUCACGUGCUACAACUUGGCACUCCCCAACCAUUGUAAAAACGUUGGAAGCUAAAGAAAUGCAUUAAUGUCUACGUUUGUUUUUGCCACACUUGUUCUAUUAGACACCUUAAUGCAUACCUUUUAAAUUGUGUGAUAGAAAUGUAAAACAUAUUUUCUUCAAAGUAUAAUUUUUUGUUGUUGAAAGUUCUAAUGUUACUCUCCCCACUACAACUAAAUUCCUAAAUACAUGUAAUUUUGUCCUUGAGAGACAUUGUUAAUUGAAAUACUGUAGAAUCCCAUUCAUUCCUAUGGAGGGCUGCUUCUUCUGGGGAGUACCAAUAUGGCCGACCGGUGGCUUCAAAGCCUCUCAUUGGCCAAUACACAGCAUCAGCGAUCCCAGCUUUUUUUGUUGUUGUUUUUGUUCUAUUCAUCAUUGGUCAUGAGCUUGUUGUGACUAAUACAGUGAACAAUAUUGCAGGUUUAUCCCAUCAGUUUGUGUUCUAAAACAAACAUUUCAGUUCCAUUUUACAGAUUAACUCUGGUCCUCGAAAGUAUGGGAGGUCCUUUUUUUGAAGGAUGGAUUUUACUUUUAAAUAUAUAUUUUUUAAACUUUUGGACCAUUUGUUGGAGGGGGUUAGUAAUCAGUGGAACACAUGUUCCAGUGGGUUUAAUGUUCUUUAUUGUGUUUUAUUUAAUAUUGCUUUCCAUGCAGCGUAGUUCUGACAUAGCUUAAUUUAAAUGCCAAUAUUAUAAUUUAUAUGCAAAGUGUGUUUUUUCAAAAGCCCAAUGCUAUGGUUUCAGAAGGAUGAGCCACAUUUGAUUUGUGACUUAAGGUGGGAGACCAGUGUCCUCUCAGCACCAUCCUGCAGUCUCAAAGGGUUUCCGACCACUCUUUUUCCAUUGGAGUGAGUUUACAAGCAGUCCUCCCCUUGCCUGCCUCUUAAGAACCACAUUGAAAGUGUGUAGGGGUUGAACAUUGGGUUAAAUGCCACAGCGUUUUCACUUUUGCUAGAUUACAUGUCACACCUUUUGUCUAACUGUGGAGUCAGUUUUUUUUCUUCAGAUAUUUUAUUUUUAUUUUUUUUUAUUACAAAGCUUGACCUCUCCCUCCAAAGCGCUGUAGGUAUCUGGAUAUCUGUGUUGUGUUAGUAGCGUGUCUACGGCGGUAGUGUUAUUACUGUCUGCCCUGUGCUGAAGUCCAAGCCUUAGCCCUUAAAGGACACCUAGCUGCAGCGGUGCUCUGACCUUCUCUGGCUCCAAGUACUCAUCUUUUACACCUUAUGCUUGCUACCUAAACCCCUCCCUCGUAACAACCUGACAGGCUGUCUGUGGGAAAAGCAUAAGACUUUGACAUCACCUCAAGACCUUAACUAUUGGAGUAGACAUACAGUACUUACCGGCCAGGGACCAUUUGACCAGCAGGUAAUUAACCUAUUUACUUAACUAGGCAAGUCGGUUAAGAACAAAUUCUUAUUUAUAAUGACGGGGAACAGUGGGUUAAACUGCCUUGUUCAGGGGCAGAGCGACUGAUUUUUACCUUGUCACAUCGGGGAUUUGAUCUAGCAACCUUUCGGUUAUUGGCACAACGCUCUAACCACUAGGCUACCCUACCGCCCCGUAAUGCUGCUCCAAGGUCUCAAGUGACCACUCUCUAGAACUAAACAUCUAUUCUAGAACUGUGAAGGGAAUGAAAUAGAACGCACCCAGACCAUAUUAUAGACCUCUUUUGGAAUGUCAUCUUUGGAAUGUAUGGGAAGACCUUUUUACAAAGAUGUCUGUGCAUCAUGUGACAAUAGUGGUGGUCCACAAUGUGACCUGCUGUGUUUUUUUUUUGAAAGGGAACAGUAGACCAGCGUGGGGGAGGGGAGGGGACUUCCUGGUUUGAUAAAGAUGGAUGACGAGUGUAAAGGAAAAAGCUAAAUAAAGCUGUGAGCUCUAAAAAAGA